AUGGGAAACGAUGUUUCAUCAACAACCGCACGAACACUUAUUCCAUUAGAUGAUUCGGCUUGUUGGCAGCUCUAUAAUGGAGUUAAUGAACGAUCAGAACCUAUUUCAUUUUUUAUAGCUAAACAAACAUUUUCUGUUGAAUGUCGACGAUCAAUUCAAUAUCUAAAAACUAUUCGUCAUCCAAAUAUUAUUAAAUUUUUAACUGGUUUUAAAACAUUUGCUGAUCAGGAUAGUUUUAUUGCUGAUUGUGUACAUCCAUUAGCCAAUAAAUUAAAUAAUAAUGAUAUUGAUUCAACAGCUAAACUUUGUUUAGGUCUUUAUCAAUUAUCUCAAGCUUUAGAAUUUCUUCAUGAGAAAGCAUCUAUUAGUCAUAACAAUGUUUGUUUAAUAUCACUUUAUAUAUCUCUCAAUGGUAUAUGGAAAUUAGGAAAUUUUGAAUGUGCAUGUCGUUAUGAUAAUCUUAAUAAAAAAUAUUUAUCAAAUUUAAAAAUUAUUCGAUCAGAAGAAUGUAUAACACCUGAAGAAGAUGAAAAGGUUUAAUAUUAUUUCAAUCGAGAGUAGAUAUAUAUAUAUGUUGGGGUCAAAAUUGGAAUUGGGUCAAAUUUAGAAUUUGACCAGACAAAAUUGGAAUUCUAGUUUUGACCAAGCAGAAUUAGAAUUCUAAUAUAGACCAAUAUUUUCUUUGACAAAAUCGGAAUUCUAAUUUUGACCAGACAAAAUUAGAAUUCUAUUAUAGACCAGUAUUUAUUUUUUUGGGCAGA